AUCACUGGGCUGCUUUGAGGAUUGAUUUAUCCUAGUUUAGAGAAAUGCUCAAUAUCUUUUAUUUGUUGAUCCUACCUCUCUUCCAUCUUCUCUUCUGUGGGCCUAGUAGCUAAGUUAUGUCCUCUUCUCUUAAAGGUGUUGAAUGAAAGAACACGGUUGAGUUUUUCUAAUUCUUUUGUGAAGCCUCUUAUUCCUAGCAACAGGCUCUGAAUGCUCUUAUGAUUCUGGUUCCUUUGUGCAAAUUUCCUUUGUGCUUACUUAGGUUGUUGGUUUGCCCCCUCUUUCUAGCUAUAUAUUCUUAAGUAAUCUAUUCUCUUGUGUUCCAUAGAAGGAUCUGGGAUAAAUAUCCACUAUCAUUCAUUAUGGAGAUAAAAAGUUAUAAGAUAUUGACGAUAUUUGUUCCAUUUUCCAUCUAGUUGUCCUCCUGUCAACAUCUGUUGACUGCUUUGGGGGAUAUGUUAAAGGCUUUACACCAAAAUCUGUUGAAUUGUUUCACCCAUAGUGAUUUUCACUGUUUGGGAGAAAAUUCUGCUUAUAUAUCAGGUAUAGGACUAAGAAUAUUAGUGGAAAGGACCAGUAAUUUACUGGAGACAAUAUCCUAAAAAAGAACUUCAAAAAACCAUUUUCUUAGAUUAACUUUUAUAUGCACAAAGUGCAAAUAACAUAGAAUGUGAACUCUUAAAACCUAAUACAAUGAGUUAAAUUCAUCCUCAUUGUUUCAAUGAGAUUUGGUGGAAUGAAAUUCAUGACUGGGAAAUGGCUCUAGAAGGGUUCUUUUUAAUAAUGAACAGAGUAGAUGUUGAAUAAGAAAAUAUAUCAGAAGAUUCAGGAGAUGGAAGAGAAGUUAACAUUUGGAUGAAAAUCUAUGAAGGAAUGAAUAAGUAAUUCGUGUGUGUGUGUAUAUUCUGGAAAACCAGCUGGCCUACUAGAGAAGAUGACUCAACUUGUCAAAACCCUUCGGAACCAUUGGAAGAAAACUACAUUUGGUGCCUGCCUGCUGACCUGGGGAGGACAUUGGCUGUAUGGAAAACACUGUGAUAAUCUGUUAAGGAGAGCGGCCUGUCAGGAAGCCCAGGUAUUUGGAAAUCAACUCAUUCCUUCCAAUGCACAAGUAAAGAAGGCAACUGUCUUUCUCAAUCCUGCAGCUUGCAAAGGAAAAGCUAGAAAUCUUUUUGAAAAAAAUGCUGCUCCCAUUUUACACUUAUCUGGCAUGGAUGUGACUGUAGUCAAGACAGAUUAUGAAGGACAAGCCAAGAAGCUAUUAGAAUUAAUGGAAAACACAGACAUGAUCAUUGUUGCAGGUGGGGAUGGAACUCUGCAGGAGGUUGUUACUGGACUUCUUCGAAGAGUAGAUGAGGUUACCUUCAGCAAGAUUCCCAUAGGAUUUAUCCCAUUGGGACAGACCUGCAGUUUGAGCCAUACUCUCUUCCCUGAAAGUGGAAACAAAGUCCAGCACAUUACAGAUGCCACACUGGCCAUUGUGAAAGGAGAAACGAUUCCACUUGAUGUACUGCAGAUCAAGGGAGAAAAGGAACAGCCUGUGUUUGCAUUAUCUGGCCUUCGAUGGGGAUCCUUCAGAGAUGCAGGAGUCAAAGUUAGCAAGUACUGGUAUCUUGGACCAUUAAAAACCAAAGCCGCUCACUUUUUUAGUACUCUUAAGGAGUGGCCUCAGAUACAUCAGGCCUCCAUCUCAUAUGUGGGGCCCACCGAGAGGCCCCCCAGUGAACCCGAGGAGAAACCUCCCAGGCCCGCUUUAUACCGGAGGAUAUUCCGAAGGCUCGCAUCAUAUUGGACACGUUCUCAGGAAGCCGUCUCCCAGAAGGCAAAGCCAGAGGUCUGGAAAGAAGUGCAGCUGUCUACCCUUGAAUUAUCCAUCACAACACGGAAUAGUCAGCCUGACCUGCAGGGCACAGAAGAUUUCAUGAACAUUUGCAUUGAACCAGAUACUGUCAGUAAAAGUGACUUUAUCACAAUAGGAAGUCAAAAAAUGAGAGACCCUCAUGUGUGUCCUGAAGGUUCUGAGUACCUCCAAGCCAGCCGGUGUACAUUGCUUCUUCCUGAGGGAACAGGUGGGUCCUUCAGCAUCGACAGCGAGGAGUACGAAGCCAUGCACGUGGAGGUGACGCUGCUGCCCAAGAAACUCCACUUCUUCUGUGACCCGCGACAGAGAGAGAAGAUGCUGCAGGGGCCUGGGCAGUGAGCACAAAUGGGCACUCUUCUCGGAGCAGGGGGCCCUGCAGGAAGGAUGGCUGUUGUUCCAAGAGAAUGGUACACCUCUAGGAGCAGCAAUCUUUCAGGCAUCACCUGGGUACAAGCAUGGCGCUGUAGUCCAGACAAGCUUCACAACCCAACAUGGGCUCAGGCAGAGCAAGCCCUCAGCACCAGCCAAAAGCUCUGCACAGUCAAAGGGAGUGGAACGUAACAGCCACAGAGUGAUUACAACCCAUGUGUUCAUGUUAAAAUGUAACUUUAAUUGUAAAAACUAUUUUCUGUAACUAUGGUCAUAUCAACCUCUGUAGCCCAUUUGACUCAGAUCUAUACAAAUAUGAUAAAAACUAUACAGCAACCAUUUGUACAACAGAACAAAUUCAAGUGCCAUUUUUGUCUUAUUAGGAUUAAUCCUUCCUUGGGCCUUUGGAAUUGUAACAGCUAAGGGGUUAGUAGGUUUGCAAGCAGUCACUGGAGUAAUAUUCACCCUAUUGAUUUCAUGGUUUCAUAUGCAGUAGGUAAAGACUUUUCAGGGAAAAGGGAUUUUGGAGAAGGGGAGGGAGGGAGAAGACUUCAGGUUUUUGUUAUUGCUAGUACAGGUUAAAGAACCAUGACAUUAAUAAUUCGAUGUGCUUUCCACCUUGAAGAUGUUCAGGAGGCUGCACUCAUCAUAUGGCAAGAAUCGGAUUAUAUUCAGGUAUACCAGUUGUUUUUUUCAAAUUUAACAUUUCUAGGAUGACCAAAGAUUAAUCUAAAUGAAGAGAAUAAACCUAAUCUUGGUAGGAUUUUUUGAUUCUCCCUCUCCUGUGCUGCUCUCCUUUCCUUCCAUCAGAGCAAAGGUAUACCAUUUUUUCAGUAUUGUAUCAACAAUUGUACUGUAUUGUAAACCCAGGGAGCAGUUUAUUAAUAGGGGCUGAUUGAUCAGAAAUAUGCAGCUUUACUACUUUCUAAGAAAAUGGAUUUUUUUGCAUUUGGUUUAAAUAACGUGUCUCCUUCAGGAAUAACUAAAUCUUAUUUCCUGAAAAGACAAUAUUUAUAUUUAAUGACAAUUCCCAUCCCUCUGCUAAGAUGUCUAAAUCAUAUUUCUGUGGCUUUUUAGGCUAGGUCUCCUUGAUAUAAUGUAAUUGUCUUUAUCCAGCAUUGCAUUGUAGUUUUGAAAUAUUUUUCUAUCAGUAAGCAACUAAAUAACUUUUCCUUUUUUAUAAGGAAAAAAGAUCAAUUUGCAGGAUUUUCUAAUGACAACUUUUAA